CAAUGCGUUUGAUGGCAUCAUGCCCUUCAACCAACAACCUAUACGCCCACCAACACCGCCAUAUCGCCAUUCUCUUCAAACUCAGUGCUUGCUUGAAUACUCUUCUUAACUUACCAUCACUAUUCAAUAAUUGAUAUCAUGUCCACGACACGCACAGACCUUGAUCUUAUGUUCCCUCAAGAGCACAUUUCACUUGAAGUUUCAGCACAGCUCCCCUCUGACCUCCAGAUACGCCCGCUCGCCUCAACAGACUACAAACGCGGACACCUCGAUGUCCUUGCCGUUCUUUCCGUAGUCAACGACCUUGGCGAGGCAGCGUGGGUCAACCAGUUCCAUGCCAUGCGCGUAACCCCGCGCGCAUACUACUCUAUCGUCAUCCUUGACAAGGCGAGCGACAAGAUCGUCGGAGUAGGCACUGUCUUCAUUGAGCGCAAGUUCCUCCGCGGUCUCGGCAGCGUCGGUCACAUUGAGGAUAUCGCCGUCGAUAAAAGCCAGCAGGGCAAGAAGCUUGGCCUACGUAUCAUCCAGGCUCUCACGCACAUCAGCGAGAGCAACGGCUGUUACAAGACCAUCUUGAACUGCAGUGACGCCAACAUUCCCUUCUACCAAAAGUGUGGCUAUGUCCAGAAAGAGAACGAGAUGGCAAAGUACGCGCCGGAACGUGGUCAUACACCAAAACUUUGAUUUGCCAUCUUAUCCACUGGGCUAUACCCGU